AUGGAGGCCGGGCAGGAAGCGUCCCUGUUCCUGGUGAAGAUCCUGGAGGAGCUGGACACCAAGCAGAACACGGACUCCUACCAGGACCUGUGCAAGUCCCUGUGCUCCCGCUUCGACCUGCCCCAGCUCGCCAAGCUGAGAAGCGUGCUCUUCUACACGGCUUGCCUCGACCCCAACUUCCCAGCCACGCUCUUCAAAGACAAGAUGAAGUGCGCCGGGAACAGCCAGCAGUCCAAGAAAAUCAUGGUGGCCGCGGAUGUCGUGACCAUCUUCAACCUAAUCCAGAUGAACGGCGGCACCGCCAAGGAGAAGCUGCCCGCCGGCCGGCAGAAGGGGCGCAAGAAGGAGGCGUCCUUCGAGUCGUGCCGGUCGGACGCGGAGGUCUGCGGGGCGGCCGAGUGUGAGCCCCUGAACUGUGAGCUGGGCGACGGGCCCUUCGGCCAGGGCUACCCCGCCAGGCAGCCGUCCAAGUGCCGGAAGAUGGACUGCCCGCAGUUUGUGCCCGCCUCCGAGCCCAACUUCUUGCUGGGAGUCAGCAAAGAGGCGAAAGCCCGCGCCACCUCCCUGGACAGGCUGCAGGCCCUCGCCCCGUACCCCCUGGCCAGCCCUCAGCCCUGUGAGAUGCAGAGGACCUACUUCCCCAUGAACAUCGAGAGCGACCCGCUCUCGGACCAGGACUCGCUGCCCAUCACCCCGGGCCUCAAGGAGACGCUCCUGUCCGGCGACGAGCCCUUCGGGGUCCAGUCCUGUGUCCAGAAGAGGCACAUCUUCAAGGAGGAUUUUCACAAUCUGAUGACUGUGUCCCCCGGUUUGGUUGGCGCAGAUAACGAGGCAGAGGGGGAGCACGGGGAACCCCAGACCCGGAAGGAGCCCCACAAGACACCCUUCUUUAAUCACAGCUUCGAAAUGCCCUACAACAGCCAGUACCUGAACCCCGUGUACUCCCCUGUCCCUGACAAAAGGCGGGCGAAGCAUGAGAGCUUAGACAACCUUCAAGCCUCCACGUAUUUCGGGCCGACUCCCGUGUUGGGGACCCCGGACGCCAGGCGCUGUCCCGGGAGGCCUGGCAAGCAGACCCCCUGGCCAGCCAAAAGCUGGAGCCUAAACACAGAAGAAGUCCCCGACUUCGAACGGUCCUUUUUCAACAGAAACCCUUCCAAGGAGAAGCUACGCUAUCCGAAUCCCAGCAGCCAGACCCCCAGCUUCCCAGCCCUGGACCAGCACCCCGCUUACCUCAUACCAAACGAGCCACAGCCGAUGCUCCCUGCUGGCUACGCGGCAAAACCCAACGGGCUGAAGCCUACGGAGCUCCCGUCCCCCGUUGACGUGGAGAAGCACGAACCGGUGAAAAAGUUCAAAGACAAGAGCAUCAGCUGCACCAGCGGGCAGCUCAGCUCCGACACCAGCAGCGUGGGCACCCAGACCGAGCAGCGUGUGCUGGAGCCCAAGAAAGGCAAAGACCCGUGCGCCUCGGGGCAGGGCCAGUACGGGGACAGGCACGCCACGAAGCAGUCCGACGACGACUCGGAGAUCGUCAGCGACGACAUCAGCGACAUCUUCCGAUUUCUUGACGACAUGAGCGUCAGCGGCUCGACCGGAGUGAUACAGUCGUCCUGCUACAACAGCACGGGGUCCUUGUCUCAGCUUCACAAGUCGGACUGUGACAGUUCGCCAGAGCACAACGUAACCAAAAUCGCCAACGGGCUCCCCGGCAGCAAAGGAGAAAAGGGCAACCGGCCCAAGAACAGCCACCACUCGGAAGAGGAGUUGAAGACCAGUGUGUGCAAACUGGUGCUCAGGAUUGGGGAGAUCGAGCGGAAGCUCGAGUCGCUGUCGGGGGUCCGAGAGGAAAUCUCCCAGGUCCUGGGCAAACUAAAUAAAUUGGAUCAGAAGAUGCAGCAGCCCGAGAAGGUGAGUGUGCAGAUAGACCUGCAUUCCUUGACCAGCGAGGCUCCGUCGGACGAGAGUGCCUCUCCCCGCAUGUUCCACACACACGGCGGCUCCCGUGGACCCAAACUGGAGAACAGCACCGACUGGUGCUGCUCGGACGCCAGCGGAAGCAACAGCGAGAGCCUUCGCGUCAAGGCCUUAAAGAAAAGCCUCUUCACCAGGCCGUCCUCGAGGUCACUGACGGAGGAGAACAGCGCCACAGAAUCCAAAAUCGCCAGCAUCUCCAACUCGCCCAGGGACUGGCGCACCAUCACGUACGCCAGCCGCGGGGCCCCCGCCGAGGAGGAGAUCAAGGACAGAGGCCCCGGAGACAGCAAGGACUGGCAUCGAAAAUCCAAAGAGGCGGACAGGCAGUACGACACCCCCCACCAGCACCGCAGGCCCAAGCAGCCCAAAGACGGCUUCCUGGUGGAGCAGGUGUUCAGCCCGCACCCCUACCCCGCCUCCCUCAAGGCCCACGUGAAGAACAACCCUCUGUACACCGACAUGCGGCUGACCGAGCUGGCCGAGGUGAAGCGGGGCCAGCCUUCCUGGACCGUCGAGGAGUACACCCGCAACUCCGGCCACAAGGGCAAGCUCACCGCCCUGGACCUGCAGACCCAAGAAUCUUUAAAUCCGAACAACUUAGAGUAUUGGAUGGAAGACAUUUACACUCCAGGCUACGACUCGCUCCUGAAACGGAAAGAAGCCGAGUUCAGGAGAGCCAAGGUCUGCAAGAUCGCGGCUCUGGUCGCGGCCGCCGCCUGCACGGUCAUCCUCGUCAUUGUGGUGCCCAUUUGCACGAUGAAGUCAUGA